CGCCGCGGGGAGGUGACCCCCGGCGCCAUGGGCCCCACGGCGGAGGCGCUGCGCGAGGCCAUGCGCUACAUGCUGGAGUCGCAGGGCUUCGACCGCGUGCUCCGCAAGAUGCGGCUGGUCUCGGCGGCGCCGGGCAAGGUGGUGUGCGAGCUGAAGGUGGAGGAGGAGCACGCCAACCGGGGCGGCACGCUGCACGGCGGCCUCACCGCCACCCUCGUGGACGUGGUGUCCACUGCCGCGCUGCUCUACACGGAACGAGCAGCGCCCGGCGUCAGCGUGGACAUGAACAUCACAUACACCACUGCUGCUAAGAUUGGAGAAGAGGUGCUGAUUACAGCCCAGGUUCUGAAGCAAGGAAGAAAUAUGGCAUUUGCCAGCGUGGAUUUAACAAACAAGGCAACAGGGAAGUUAAUAGCACAAGGCAGACAUACAAAGUAUCUUAAUUAAUACAAGAAGGUAAUUUAAAAAAAUAAUAAUGUUGGAUGUAAGAAUCCCCUAUGGAGUGAUUUUCUCAUGUGUGCACUAAGAUGGAUCAUUAGCAUAAGAUGCUGAUACCCUAAUGAACGUAAGCCUGUACUACCAUGAAAAUUGCUACAAGGCUGGAAUUAGCAUCUCCUUUGGCAGGAACAACAGAAAGUGUUAGGAUGAGAUACAUGUAAAUUUUUUGUUCCAGAUGCCAGAAGGAUAAAGCCUUUGGACCAGCAAAUAGCUUACCAGCACGACAGUGUUAGCUUGGUGGGUGAAUAAGCAGCUCUCUCUCCUGGUUUGUCACCAACACAAACACUGUGUUUGCAUAUAAAGCACUUGCUCUUUAGGACAGUAGCAAAAGGUUUUUACAGAUGUUGUUUGAAACUGCAUUUGGAAGUGGAAAGUAGGCUAAAUACAAAGGGUAAUUCACUGAUGCUGUAACAGAUAAGUACUCAAUAAAAC